GGUAUCCACGACUCAAGCUUUCUUCUUCUUCCUCCACCUACCUUCACUAACGUCUGGGUGGAACACUUCCCCCCACCACAACCAUGGCCCGAACCACCCCCACCCCCUACACCUUCCAAACCAUCCGCCCACUCCCACACCUUCCCAACAGCGCGACCAGCCAUGCCUUCCUCACCCGCCUCGCCACAGACCCGGGCAUCCGGCACGUCAUGGCAAAAUAUAGAUGGACAGUCCCGCUCCUGCUAGAAGUGGAACCACUGGGCAACACAACGCACGACAGCAAAACCCUCGGCCUAAAUCGCAACCGCGGCGCCGUGAUAGAGUUAAGGCUGAGGACGGACUGGUACGAUGGGUGGCGGGAUUACAAGACGGUGCGGAGGACGCUGUGCCAUGAGCUCGCGCAUAAUGUAUGGGAUGGGCACGGGAGGGAGUUUUGGGAGCUUACCAAUAAACUAGAGAAGGAGGUUGAAGCGAAUGAUUGGAAGAGUGGCGGGCGCGCGCUCACGGAUCAGGUGUUUUAUAAUCCACCUGAGGCGGAGGCUCCAGAGAAGGGGUGGGAAGGGGGGGAGUUUAGACUUGGCGGUGGUGGGGGUGGGGAAGGACCGGCCGCGAUGGUGAAGAUGAACAGUGGUUCAAUGGUGGAGGGGAGUCAGCCUAGUAUGCGGGAAGUAUUGGCUAAAGCAGCCGAGGAGAGGAUGAAGAGGCAGGCCGCGGCGGCAGCGGCGGGGAGACAGAAGACUUGAUAUUUGAUGGGUUUCUGCAUAUUAUAAUACCUUAGAAUGUAUUCUUCUACCGGUAGAUCGGUG